UCCAUCUCUCUCUCCCUCACCACUUCUUCUCCCACCUUCGACCGCCGUCGCGGCCAGGCCAUCGUGGCGGCGCGCCCCCGGACUUUGCUGCUCCACCAGCACCACAUCAUCCAGCCACCACUCCGUCUUCGCCGCCAUCACCUUGGGCGCUCCACUUCGUCGCCGCGCCUGGCGCGCCCGACCAGACGGGUGUCUAGUUCCCCGCGCCACCUGCUGCUGCUCUCUCCCUCUCCGCUGCUCCUCCCCUCGUCUCCACUUCCUCUGUUUCUCUUCUUCUUCUUCUCCUAACCCUGCUAUUGCUCUUCUUCUUCUCUCAACGUUCCUGCUACUCCUUCUCCUUGCAUCCCCUUGCUGUAGUUGCCUCAACCUGCUGCUUCUUCUCCAAUCCCCACGCUGCUCCUAUUCCCUUUCCUUGCUGGUGUUCCUUUACUGAAGGAAACAACCUGCUGUUGUUCUUUACUUGUUGCUGACCCUGUUCUUCUCUGAACCCAAACUGCUGCUGCUUCUCUUCUCUUUUUACUUCUUGCAAAAUUCUGUAAACUGCUAGGUGAACUUGUGUACUGUUCUGAAUACUUAAUUUUCUGUAAGUUGAGGUGUGUGAAAUCUCUGUAAUUUUGACAAGUUUAUUGUUCAGUACUUUGUAAUAUUCAGCAUUGAGAUGUUUUAGUAGAUGCAAUAUUCAGAUUUGGGAAAAACUUGCAACCUGACAAUUGUUCAGUUUCGUACUUGUAAAAUAUAGUGCACUUUAUUAUGUGCUCUGACUAGUUAAUGUCUAGUUGUUUGGAUAAUAUUUAGUAUAUGUGAUAUGCUCUGUGAUAUAGUAAUAUUCUAGUAUAUGUCUGUGAUCCCCUAUGUGUAUGUUUCUUGACAUCUACUGUAAUUUGUCAUGUACUAGUAACUUUGCUAUAGUCUAAUUGAUGUUCAGUUGUUAGUCUCUGUGCAAGCUAUGUACCAGUGGCAUUUAUGCUUGUGAUUUUCCAGUGAACUUGUUUAAUUUCAGUUCAUAUGUUAGCACAAGUACCUUUGCUAUAUAAAUGUAUAUGUGUGUGCUUGUGAUUUAAACAAUCUGUUUUCUGUUCAGUAAUUUUGUUUCUUCCCUUCUUCCCUUUUUUAUACACUUGCUAGAUAUAUAUAUAUGUCCAUGUCUUUUGACUUCCCUUGUCACUGAUGCUAGUAUUGUAGUUCUCUAGUAGUUUGAAAAUACCAAUUAGAGAGUGAGUGUCAACCUUAAUUUCCCUGUGUUGUUUGUCAUCGUCCUUGAUUAUUUUAGGUUUAUAUUUUCUUGCGAUCAUCACCCUUAUUGUGUUAUCUAGCUUUCGCCAAGCAUAGUUGCCGUUUCCUAGUCCCUGAGGAGAACACGACAUCCGUAGUUUGGGCAUAAAAACCCUCCUAUAUUAGAAACGGUCAUUUUGGCGCCGUUGCCGGGGACUAGCGUCGAGCGAUUAUUUUAGGCUAUAGACUAGGUUUACUUUAGUUCCUUGUUCAAUUCGCCGUGUAUUUCAUCUUCAGUGUUUUUCUUCUAUCUUCCCCCAUUGUUGCUUCGGCUUAUUAGGAUACUAACCUUCUGACUAGUGUUUACUAUUUAUGAAUGUGUGUAGGGAAUCAUAAAUCUUUGCAGGUUGUUCUAUAGUUACACUUGGUUAAGAUAUGGCAUUGCUUCGUGAUCUUUGGAUGCCAAGUAGUCAAUGCUAUAUCACAGGACCGGUUUGGUCAACUAUUGGGGUAGAGAAUUUUGAGAUGAAGCCUGGUCUUAUUGCUUUGGUUCAACAACAAUAGUUUGGAGGACUGCCUACUGAGGAUCCCUAUGAGCACUUACACCGAGUCAUGGAGUAUUUAGAUACAGUCAAGUACCAUGGAGUUCCUCAAGAUGCAAUCAUGUGCAGGUUGUUCACAUUAUCCCUCCGCGAUGAUGCUCGUGCUUGGUAUCGAUCCUUGCCAUCAAGGUCAUACAGUUGGAAUGAGAUAUCGCGAGCUUUCUUGGAUAAAUAUUCCCCACUACACAAGCAGUCCGCAAUUCAAGAUGAGAUCUUCAAUUUUGUUCAGCGUGAAGGCGAGAGCUUGUAUGAUGCUUGGGAGACAUACAAAGCCUUAUUCAGGAGAUGUCCUAAUCAUGGGCUCGAGAGAUGGUUAGAGAUGCAAAUAUUCUAUAGAGGAUUGACUUCGGACACUCGAGCUUACGUCGAUAUGGCAGCAGGUGGAGCUAUUACAAACAAGACACUUGAUGAAGCUUUUCUGCUGAUUGAGAGCAUAGCUUUCCACCAACUUCAGUGGUACAAUAAGAAGCCCAUGUCUAAUUCAUUGGUUUGCUCGCAACAAAUCACUACACCUCAACCACCAAUUCUUACACAAAAGCCCGAGCCUCUAUCUCAGUGUGACAAGGUUGAGCUUGCAUGGAUUAUAUUUGACGAUGAUGACACCAUUCUAGUUGACACACACGCUACAGAUCAUCUGGAUACUAGUGUUGGAGAUUCAGUUUUGCAUUGUGAUGAUUCUUCCAUGGAUGAGCUAGAGCUGCAGUUCGUUACUUUUGAUAUUGAGGAGUCACCUUUAGUUGAUAUUGAUCAUGUGCUGCUAGAGCCAGAUAUGGAGAAGUUCGCCUUUGAUGAUGUUAGCCGCAUUGAUUCUUCAACACUUGAGCCUGAGAUGGAGUGCUUCAUGGUUGAUUAUGGUGAGGUGGAUUCAGAUGUCAAGGAGUCAAGCUCUAUUUCACUUGUUGACAUGAAUCCGGUGGAAAUUUCUACUACCACACCUCACCUGGUAUCUUCAAUGGAGGUAGUCCUGAAGCUUCUUCCUAACUAUCUCAGGUUGAUGCUUGUGUACCAUUUACUGCGAGUUGACCGAGUUCGAGAUGACAUUCCCUGGGAUCCUGGUGGACUCAGAGCAUGGGGAUGAGGAGAAGCAAGGGGGCACACACGAGGAAGGGAGAAGCUGGAGCAGGCAUGAGGAUAGAGAAGCAAAAGGAGAGGAGCUGCAGUUGGUGAGGUGAUCGAGCGAGUGCUACAUCAUCAAAGCCCGGUGAGCUAUUUCAUGACCCAUUCCGAGUAUAUCAUCCAUUGAUACAUGCUGAAAUCAAAUGUUAUUUGGGUUGCUUAAGCCAUUUCUUAAAUGCCGUCCCACUGAAUUUUACCUUUGACAUAUGAUGCUUGAUGUGAAUAUGUGAACUGAAUCGUGAAUGCCUUGUAAACUAGUGAUCUACAUACUGCUUGUUUUGCUGAAACUAGUGAAAGUUAUUAGUUUUGAGUGCUCAAAUCCCUAGUACACUAGAAAACUUAAUCAUUUUCUGCUUUUACCUCGAUACACCUAGAUCACCAUGUUUAGAUGCUGAAUUUGUGCCAAGUGUCUUCCCAUUGAGAGCAAUCACCUAACCACUAUGGAUUAGCAUGCAAUGUUCCCUGGAUCGGUAGCAUGUGAACCAAACAUGGAGAAGUGAUGAUUCUUGUUUUUGUUCUUAUGCAUUGUUCAUUUAAGAUAAGUAAUAAUGAAUAAAUUAGUCUGCCUACCUACAGUAGCAUGUCAUGUUCCCGGGAUCGGUGGCAUGUGAAAUCGGGUUAGCUUGGGCAGUAAUUAACAAUAAUAGAAAUGUAAUUGUCGAACCAGGUGUAUACCAUGUUCUCGGGAUCGGUGGUAUGUUCCUUUGGGGAGACAAACUAAAAAAACUAAUAAUUGGUCGAGCCAGGUGUAUACCAUGUUCUCGGGAUCGGUGGUAUGUUCCUUUGGUGAGAUUGAUAAAAUAUUAUCAUUACUUCCUUCAAAUUUAAUAAGUGGUUCAACCACAAUGUUAUAUUUUUGCAAAUAAGUGAUUUAAUUCAAGCUCCUUUUGUUCUCAGGAUCAUGCUCUCUUUAGGAACCUUUUGGCACAGUCAGCAUUUGAACUUGCUAAUCUUCGUUUAUCAUUGCAAAAGUUUAAAAUGGUCGAGUUUACUAGUGUCCUAUUGAUAUGUAGCACUCUUAACCAUUAAUUUUCACUAUCCAAGUCCAAAGCAUGCACUGUUUAGAGAUCUACUUCACUUGACAUUCUCUAGUCAGUUCACUGUUCAUGUUCUUACUUUUGUCAUAUGCCUUUGCUUGAGGACAAGCAAAGAUUUAAGUGUGGGGGAACUUGAUAAGCACAUUUCAUAUAUAUAAUUUUGACACACAAAUUCACCAUUUCUUGAGAUGUGUCCAUCUAUUCUUGCUAAGAAUUAUCGAAUAUUCCAUGAAAAUCAUAUAAUGAAUCAUUUACUAGUCAUUGUGUUUAUUUUGCAGAAAAGUGCGCAAAGGCACUAUAAGCUCUAAGAUCUGGACUAGGUGGCUAAGAGAACCAGUCAAGUGAAAAGAAAGAAGAAGGACGGAGGGACUUGUGUGUGAUGAUAAGAAGUAACCAGAGGGGUUAGCCAAAGAAGAGAGGGACCAAUUUGAGAAGAAAGAAGAGAAGUAGGAGGGCAAAAUUGCAAAGUGGUAGAUAAGAUCAUGGGGGAUCAAAAUCCCUAGUGCAGCCACCAAUCCCCUUCGGAGCCUGGCAUCUCCAUCUCUCUCCCCCUCACCACUUCUUCUCCCACCUUCGGCCGCCGUCGCGGCCAGGCCAUCGUGGCGGCGCGCCUCCGGACUUCGCUGCUCCACCAGCACCUUCACCCACCAGCACCACAUCAUCCAGCCACCACUCCAUCUUCGUCACCAUCACCUUGGGCGCUCCACUUCGUCGCCGCGCCUGGCGCGCCCGACCAGACGGGUCUCUAGUUCCCCGCGCCACCUGCUGCUGCUCUCUCCCUCUCCGCGGCUCCUCCCCUCAUCUCCACUUCCUCUGUUUCUCUUCUUCUUCUCCUAACCCUGCUAUUGCUCUUCUUCUUCUCUCAACGUUCCUGCUGCUCCUUCUCCUUGCAUCCCCUUGCUGUAGUUGCCUCAACCUGCUGCUUCUUCUCCAAUCCCCACGCUGCUCCUAUUCCCUUUCCUGGCUGGUGUUCCUUUACUGAAGAAAACAACCUGCUGUUGUUCUUUACUUGUUGCUGACCCUGUUCUUCUCUGAACCCAAACUGCUGCUGCUUCUCUUCUCUUUUUACUUCUUGCAAAAUUCUAUAAACUGCUAGGUGAACUUGUGUACUGUUCUGAAUACUUAAUUUUCUGUAAGUUGAGGUGUGUGAAAUCUCUGUAAUUUUGACAAGUUUAUUGUUCUGUACUUUGUAAUAUUCAACAUUGAGAUGUUUUAGUAGAUGCAAUAUUCAGAUUUGGGAAAAACUUGCAACCUGACAAUUGUUCAGUUUCGUACUUGUAAAAUAUAGUGCACUUUAUUAUGUGCGCUGACUAGUUAAUGUCUAGUUGUUUGGAUAAUAUUUAGUAUAUGUGAUAUGCUCUGUGAUAUAGUAAUCUUCUAGUA